AUGAGAGUGGGUAAGGCAGCUGUGAUUUGGGGUAAUCUGUUAAGAAGUAAGUUCAAAAUGACUGUUGUGGUUUCUGAAGAACAACACCGUGGGGUGAUUACGAUAAAAAUCCAUCCCCACGACCUCGCCACCCUCAGCAAGCAGGCUGUUUCUGCCCCUGCGGUUCACAAACCCAAACUGGGAGCCCUCGACUUUACCGACCAGGACCGCCAAAUCCUCUUGAAGAUGCACAAGAAUUGCAACGAGAUGCAUUUGGGAAACACCUUGCCUUGA